AUGGCUACCAACGGCGCCCCCAUAUCCGUCUCUUCCUCAGCAAGGGCCUCUCCGGUGCCUUCCGCUGCUUCACCCGUCAACGGCAAGCCCGCGACCCCGACUUCUGGCGACGUCGAACGCAGCAACCUCAUGGCCAACGGACAGCUGGGGCAAGCUCCCCAGACCGUCUCCUCGAGGGACCCCAAGGCCGCCGCCGCCGCUGCCAGUGACAUGAGGAACAUUGUCCGGAGGAAGCUUACCGGCUAUGUCGGUUUUGCCAACCUGCCCAACCAGUGGCACCGCAAGAGUGUUCGCAAGGGUUUCAACUUCAACGUCAUGGUCGUUGGUGAAUCUGGUCUCGGCAAGUCGACUCUUGUCAACACCCUGUUCAACACUUCCCUCUACCCGCCCAAGGAGCGCAAGCCUCCUUCGCUCGACAUCAUUCCCAAGACCGUUGCCAUCCAGUCGAUUAGUGCCGAUAUCGAGGAGAAUGGUGUCCGCCUCCGCCUUACCGUCGUCGACACCCCGGGUUUCGGUGACUUUGUCAACAACGACGAUUCCUGGCGCCCGAUCGUCGAGAACAUCGAGCAGCGUUACGAUGCUUACCUUGACGCCGAGAACAAAGUUAACCGCAUGAACAUUGUUGACAACCGUAUCCAUGCUUGCGUGUAUUUCAUCCAGCCCACGGGCCACUCCCUGAAGCCUUUGGAUAUCGAGGUCAUGCGCAGGCUUCACACCAAGGUCAACUUGAUCCCUGUCAUUGCUAAGGCCGAUACCCUUACCGAUGAGGAGAUCAACUCCUUCAAGCAGAGGAUCCUCGCGGACAUUACGCAUCACAACAUCCAAAUCUUCGAGGGCCCUCGUUAUGAGAAUGACGAUGAGGAAACGAUCGCCGAGAACACUGAGAUCAUGUCCAAGGUGCCGUUCGCCGUUGUCGGUGCUAACGCUGACGUCAGCACGGCCGACGGCCGCAAGGUCCGCGGUCGCCGCUACCCCUGGGGUGUCAUCGAGGUCGACAACGAGGAGCACUGCGACUUCGUCAAGCUCAGGCAAAUGCUCAUUCGCACCCACAUGGAAGAGCUCAAGGAGCACACGAACAACUCUCUCUACGAGAACUACCGCUCCGACAAGCUCAUUUCCAUGGGCGUGUCCCAGGACCCGAGCGUGUUCAAGGAGGUCAACCCUGCGGUCAAGCAGGAGGAGGAGCGCUCGCUGCACGAGCAAAAGCUUCAGAAGAUGGAGCAGGAGAUGAAGAUGGUCUUCCAGCAGAAGGUGGCCGAGAAGGAGAGCAAACUCCGCCAGAGCGAGGAGGAGCUGUACGCCAGGCACCGGGAGAUGAAGGAGCAGCUCGACAAGCAACGGGGAGAGCUGGAGGAGAAGAAGCAACGGAUCGAGACUGGCCGGCCAAUCGAGGAAAGGGGCAAGAGAAAGGGGUUCUCGCUGCGCUAA